AUGAAUUCUUUCUUGUGCUUUUUGCUUGCCAUUGCAUUGUGUCUUGUAUCGAGCAAUGCGAUCUUUGAUAAAAACACCGUACAUUUCAAAAAUUCUCUUGGUCCGAAAAACAUUCUCAAAAUGGAUUGUGUAUCUGACGAAAACAUCCUAGGCUUUCAUUACUUAAGUCCUGGACAAGCCUACGAUUUAACUUUUCAUGAUAGUGUUUUGAAGACUAAAAUCCUUUGUGACAUGUGGCAGGGUCCUCAUUACAGAUUUCUGGCAUCUUUUACGGCAUAUGAAGGAAAGUAUCUCAUAGUUCGUUAUGGUAGAAAUGUUUUUUGGGAUGCUAGAGAAGAUGGAAUAUAUCGUUCAGAGGGUAAAGAAACGCCCAAAUUAAUGUACAAGUGGACUAAAACCGGCUAG